AUGGGUAAGCUUGUUGUUGUUGUUGAAAUGGAGGCGCUUCAAGAAGGGCUGUUUUCAUGGACUGCUGUGUACUUGGCCGUGAUGUUCCCUGCGCUUGUUAUGGUUUUUAACUUUGUUUUUGGGAACUGUUUCCUGGGCGAGGCUUUGGCCCAUAACCAACACGCCACCACCGGCAAAGGAUACUAUCGGAGUCUCGGGAGACUCUGCGUGGUGGUUGUUUUGGGAUUGUUCAUUUGGCAAUACUACAUCUACAUGUUUCAGACCCGGAAGGGACGCGUGGAUCGUUGUAACCCUCCUGUCUAUAUCUGGCACCUCGUUGAUGGGGUGUUUUGGGGCAAAGAGGGCGCCUCCUAUGCACUGCGUUGGAACUGCCCGUUGGAUGAGGUCUGCUUCCUCGCUUUGUGGUCGCUUCACCUUGCUCUGUACGCCGCCUGUGUGAUGAGUGUUCCGCAACUGGGGGCAAAGUCUGACGGCGGCUCAUUUUGCCGCAAGUGUAACGCGUAUGUGGAAGACAUGGAUCAUCACUGCUUCCUUAUUGGCAACUGCGUUGGAUCGAAGAACAGAAAGUUUUUCCUGUGCCUCCUAACUCUCUGUGUCGUGAAUAUGUUUUUUUUGCUGCUUACGCGAGGUGCUUGGGCGUACGCAGAGGGCGGGGUUUUUAUACUACUAGGAUUGCUUUUGGUGAUCGGCGCUGCGGUGGUGGGCUCAUGUUUGCUUAUCCUUCAGUGUUGUCUUUUGCGGAAGAACAAAACGACGCUCUCUUUCCUCAAGGAGGAGCGGCGCUCGCGGCGCGGCAUCUUGAGAGCACUUGCUGAGUUGAUGAGGUAG